GUCCACAAGGAAAAAAUCAAGACUUCAAGUACUUAACUAGAUCCAAGCUCGAGGUCGUCAUUGGAUGCAUUUCAAAAAGAGUUGAACGACAUCAAAGGAAAGCUGACCGGGUUUGACGAGAAGCUAGUGGGGUUCGAUGAGAAACUAACGGGCUUCGAUGAGAUGAAAAGCCAGCUCAACACAAUAGUGAGCAUAUUGUCCAGAAAAGGGAAGGAGGUUGCAACGAACGAGGAAGAAAUCGUAUUUGAUGACGACGAUCACUAUGAGCAACCUCAGGGAAACGUCUCAGGUAGUAAAUUCAUUCUCAUACCUUCGAAGAACACAGGCGAAAAAGGUGAUAUUGGGUCAUCAAAGCAUGACAAAUCCGGAGAACCCGAGAAGCAAGAGGAACAUAAAAUUGAAGCUAUGCUAGAAGAAAAAUUAGAACACUUGAAUGAACGAAUAAGAAGCAUAGAAGGAGUUGAGUCGUACGAGCCUAUGGAUGCAUCAAAACUAUGUCUGGUCCCAGAUGUCGUGAUUCCUCACAAAUUUCAAAUGCCAGAAUUUGAAAGAUACAAUGGCACCACUUGCCCAAAAAGUCAUCUGGUCAUGUACUGUAACAAAAUGGCCAACCAUAUUCGAGAUGAAAGACUAAUGGUACAUUGCUUCCAAAACAGCCUGAGUAGUUCUGCCCUACGAUGGUAUAUGCAACUAGAGAAAACAAAAGUGAGAAGAUGGCAAGACCUCGCAGAUGCAUUCAUGAGGCACUACAAGCAUAACCAGGAUCUGGCUCCAGACCGAGAAGAUCUGAGGAAUGUGGAAAAGAAUGAGAAAGAGUCUUUCAGAGAAUAUGCUCAAAGGUGGAGAGAGAAAGCUGCAGAUGUUCAACCUCCUCUGUCAGAAAAAGAGAUGGUGUCAAUCUUCUUCGGAACACUAAGGGCUCCAUACUACAACAACAUGGUCGGAAUUACCACAACCAACUUUGCGGAUCUGCUUGUAAUCGGAGAGCGAAUAGAAAAGGGUUUGAAGCAAGGUCGGAUGGAAAGCCCAGAAGCCUCUAAGAAACCACACCAAGCCCGAAGAGGAGAAGCAGAUGUCCAUUAUGCUCAAACAGAAUUACCCAGAGGAAGAAGGUGGGAUCAUCAACCUCAAGCCAAUCAAGCCCAUCCAUGUGUUGCAAAUGCUGCAAUAAUUAAUCAACGUCCAAAUUUUCCUACUCAACGAGCCAUCCAGAGCCCAACACGAGUCGCACCACCACCAAAUAACCAAAACCAGAAUAAUUAUGAGAGGUUCAGGAAACCCAUCCAAAUCGAUCCUAUCCCUAUCACAUACACUGAACUUUUCCCUCAGCUAAUUCAAAGUAACCUAAUCUCCCCAAUACCAUGUGAACCUAUGAAACCUCCUUAUCCAAAUUGGUACAAAACAGACCAACAUUGUGCUUACCACUCGGGAGUAGCGGGACACUCGACUGAGGACUGCAGAUCGCUCAAGAUCAAGGUCCAACAAAUGAUGAAUACUGGCUGGUUAAAGUUCGAAGAUGAGCCAAAGCGUCCAGAUGUCAACAAUAACCCACUGCCAACUCAUGGGAAUUAGUAGACAUACUACAAGGCAAAGCUCGAUUUAAGGAUGAUGUUGAUCCUACCUAGUAAAUAAAAUAUCGAGAU